UUUCUGCUCACACUGAUAAGCCAGAGUGCAGUUUAAGGGCAGGGAGCCACACUGUGAAGGUGCCAGGAGUAUGAUCUGUUUGCUCGUUGCUCCUGGCUAGGGCCGGCUGUGUGCAGACUGCUGAGGUGCCUUGUCUAUCUGCCUCCCCAGCUGGGUCCUCUCUGCAUUCCACACUCCGUACCCUGUGGAGUACCAUACCGAGCCUAACCUGGCCUCAGUCCAGAGGUGCCGACGAGGCAGCCAGAAUCGAUCCCGCACAGAGCUGGGGAAUCAAAAACCAGAGGAACCUGAGGGGCAGCUUUUUCACCCAAGGGGGUCAAUGUCUGGAACAAGCUGCCAGAGGAGGUAUAUGAGGUUGAACGCGCGUACCAGAGGGAACAGAAAUGACAAAGAUGAGGGAGCAGGAGCCGGUGGACCGGUUCAAGGCUGUGUGGCUGAUCUUCCUCAUCCUGGGACUCGGAACCCUUCUUCCUUGGAACUUUUUCAUGACAGCCAUUCAGUAUUUUAAGUACAGAUUGCAAGACGCGGAUGAUUCCAGCGCGGUACUGCCCUCCAAUGGAACCUCUGCAAUGAAUGUUUCAGCCAUGCCAAGGGAGAACCAGCUGCAGGGAAAGUUCGGCAACGUAAUGACGUUGUGUGCAAUGUUACCCAUGCUCAUCUUCAGCUGCCUCAACUCCCUCCUCCUGCCACGAAUCCCACAGACACUCCGCAUCAGUGGAAGCAUCAUCGCAAUCUUUAUCCUCUUCCUCCUCACCGCCAUCCUGGUGAAGAUCUCCAUUGAGCCGCUGACUUUCUUUAUAGUCACCAUGCUGACCAUCGUCCUCAUUAACUGUAGGCCAGAGGGGGCUGUAUAUCCAUGUGUCUGGACACCUGGUUCCCCGUGUUUCGGAGCCGUCCUCCAGGGCAGCCUCUUUGGCCUGGCUGGCCUCCUGCCUGCCUCCUACACUGCUCCCAUCAUGAGUGGGCAGGGAAUGGCUGGGACCUUCGCAGCUCUUGCCAUGAUCUGUGCCAUUGCAAGUGGAGCUGAGCAGUCGGACAUCGCCUUCGGCUACUUCAGCACAGCCUUUGUGGUGGUGCUGCUGGCACUGUUGUGCUACCACAUCCUGCCCCGACUGGAGUUCUCCCGCUACCACUUCCAAAGGAAGAAUGAGGAAUGGAGGAAGGCACAGCAGGAGGAGAGUUUCAGCAAAAUGGACCUGAUCAAACAAGAUCCGGCCUGCACCAAUGAGAGGAGGUCAUCCGCAAAUCUCAUGGAGACCCACAUUGUGGAGAAGGACGAGGAGCUGUCAGUCAUCAACAUCCUGAGGAAGAUCUGGCCCUCUGCGCUGCUGGUUUGGCUGGUGUUUGCUGUCACCAUUAGUGUUUUCCCAUCUGUCGCAGUGGAUGCCAAGUCUACCAUCUCUGCAGACGGGCUGUGGGGAGUUUACUUCAUACCCAUCUCCUGCUUCCUGAUGUUCAACGUCUUCGACUGGCUGGGUCGCAGUCUAACAGCGGUCUGCGUGUGGCCCAGAAAGGACAGCAAGUGGCUGCCAGCCUUUGUCAUCAGCCGGCUCGUGUUCAUCCCGCUGUUCAUGCUGUGUAACGUGUAUCCCCGUCAGUUGUCUGUCGUCUUCGCACACGACGCUUGGUAUAUCUGCUUCAUGGCUCUCUUCGCCUUCAGCAACGGCUACCUGGCCAGUCUCUGCAUGUGCUACGGACCCCAGAAUGCAGCGGCGAAGGAGGCGGAGACAGCUGGAGCCAUCAUGUCUUUCUUCUUGUCCCUGGGGCUGGCAUCGGGAGCUUGCCUGUCCUUCCUGAUCCGUUCGCUGGUCUGAUCCAUCCUGGGGCUUACCGAAGCUGGGUGUGGUGGCAGAGCUAGUCUUCCCCCCUGCCCUGUAUGCACCCCCCUCUCUCGGCUCAGUCCUUCCUCUCUACCUCCUCCUUCAGGUUUAGACCCAUCCUGGCUGAGCCAUGCGUGUAAGCAGAGCCCAGUCCCGUCGGAAAGGGAGGAAGAGAGGGCAGGGUGAAGAAUGUUGUGAAGGCUGCCCUCCCAACACCUCCCCUCCUACACCUCUCUCCCCCUCAGCUAGUGAGAUGUACUUCCCCAUUAACUCCCAUCAGGGUGGCACCCAAACCAGACUAAUGUUAAUCAAUUGCUCUACCACUAGUGCAGAACUGGGAGGUGCUAGGGAACUCCUACCGAACUCAGUGAUAUACAGGCUAUGGUUCCUCAACGGCCAGGACUCGAGCGGUGUCAGAAGACCAAGCCUCAGCAAUAAUUCUAGUUUUAAUACAGUAUAUAUUUUUAUGCUUUGAUGUAUAUGUGUUUAUAAAGGCAUGCUG